UAAAGUGAAAAAAAAAAAACUGUAGACCCUAACCCUAACCCUAACCCAUAGCAAAAUAAUCAGUCAGCCAAUCCGAUUCCUUAAUUGGCCCGUUACGUUGGGAUGACUGCUCGGUAUUUACAGACAUAUACCUUGAGCUAGAACGCAAAUGUGAUUUUCCAUGGAUCAGUGCAACAAAAGUGGCAUGUUUUGACAUCCAAUAGCACACGAUUCUUGUGUUACAGCUGAAUAAAAAUCACUCAGACAAACGGACAGAAUAGAGGUCAGGAGCAUUAAAAUUAGGAUAGCCGUAACUAAGCAGGUCAUCUGUGCAGGACUUCUGAAAACGAGGACUAAAUCAAUCGCCAAAGCCUUACGGCACCUUGAAUUUACGGUUUUUAAGAAGAAGACCAAGCAAUUGACUUUGUAGAUCACUGGGUCGAUGCUUUAGAGCUAGAAUGCAAAUGUGUCUCUUCAUGGUGGACGACUUCGAGACAAGACUAUAAUUUCCCUUGCGAUUGCACAAGAUUCUGGUCACACCUGAUCAAUAAAAAGUCACUCUGAUGAACGCACAAAUAGAGGAGCCAUAAACUUCUGAAAGCCGUAACUAUGAAGAUCAUCUGUGCAAGACUUAUCAAAACGGGUACUAAAUCAAUCGCCAAAGCCUUGCGGCAUCUUGGAUUUACGGUGUUCGAAGCGCGAUCAUUGUACGUCUUUAAGCUUUGCUUCUACCUGAAGACGUUAGACCAGCUCGUGACAAGAAUCAAAUGUAAAAUACGAAAUCACAAGAUUCUGCUUACACCUCAGAAUGCUGAUGGAUUCGUGGAUUGGCCUGGAUACUUCUUCUUUGACGAAAUAAUGGAAGCUCUUCCUGUUUGUAAAGUGAUUCUGAUGGUAAAAGAGGAUUCGCGGGUAGUGAAUCUGUCUUAUCAUUUUGAAACAAUGUUUACUAAAUUGGGUUCCAAGGUUUCCAUGUUAUUCCCCACCGCAAGGAAGAUGGGUUAUGUUACCACGUCCUCCCUUAAUGCCGCGCUUGGAGCUUCAGAUUCCCGUUAUAAGUCCACCUAUGUUUUCAGAAAGCGAUAUCGUAUCCACAACCACCGUGUAAAUGCCAUUGUUACCGCUGAAAAGGUGCUGGUGUACAACGUGAAACAACUGAGGAUGGGAGCUAUUGUGAUUUCUUGGCGUGAGAGGUCCCCACUGUUGCCUUCCCACGUAAAAAUAUCAAAGCUGAGAUGUUUGACACACAUCCCGCGAGCAGACAUCUCCAGUAGGUGAAAAGGGAACAGCAGAGAGGUUUUUCUGGGGUGGUUAGAUGGUCAACAGACACCCUAGAUCUGCCCCUAGUGCCUCCCUCGACCGGCGCUUUGAUUUAUAAUCCAUAAAAUAUUUUCGUACAAGCAGAAUAUUUAUUAGUUACAAAUCUUAAAUUUAAAUGAAGUUGUUAAUUCCAUUGUGAGCGGUCACUUCUGAAGAUGUAUGUUGAAACAUACGAAACGUCCUGUGAGACAUAAUUUUUGUUUUCCGGACCAAUAAUCUGUUUUAUCGCAAACAAUGCCUCAACCGCCAUUGUGCUUCACUUGCUUUUUUGUCAAUAGAAUUACCUUCACAACUUCAAGUCUUUCAUUUGUCCGCUGUCGUGACCCAGCCAAACACAUACCUUUGUCACCCCUUCUGCCAAGGCCUUGCAAAACCUUGGAUUUACGGUGUUCGACUGGGAAGAGCAAAAAUUUGACUUUUUAGCUCAAUGGCUCGAUGUAUUUCAAAAUGGCACCCCGCCAGAUGAGAAGUGAGUUUUCCAGAAUGCUGAUGUAUGCGUGGAUGUGCGUGGAUUCUUCUUCUUCUGACGGUAUGGUG